ACCAUCGGCUCGUCAUAAUUAUCAGUACCGCCAACGUUGAGACCUUCCCGAGUUCCGCAGUUCUCCAUCGUCGGAUCGAUGGACCUCCAGGCGAUGAUGGACGACGGCUCUGGCGAUGGCGGUCCCUGGACGGAGGAGCGCCACUCUUCCUUCCUCAACUGGAUGGAGGAGUCAUUCGUCCGCCGCAUGCUCGCCGGCGCCGACUUCCAAGCGUCUUGCUCUACCGCUUGUAAUUGCCGCCGCCGCCGCCACCAUCUCCCGCUCGACCGCUACCUCCCCGACAGCGCCACCGAGUCCACACGCGACUUCCAUGGCCCACGCCGGAGCUCCGGCACCGGCCGGCCGAUGCGAUCGGUGGAUGCGGAGAAGGAGCCAGAAUCUGGGGACCUGGCAGCCACAACUCACGACAGGAAGAAGGCGAAACGACCCCUGCCGCGGUACGAUGCAUCGCAGGAUCAGGUGGUCCCACACUUUGGAAGCGCAGAAGUGGAUGAUGGUAAUUCCAAGAAACAAACAGAAGGGGAAGGAGGGGUUCUUACAAUCUCCACCAGCCAUAGCUGGGGGAAGGAAGGGAGAGGACAACGCGAUCACUCUAAUGAUGCCUUUUAGUAGUAGUUUUCUUCUCAUUGCUCGACCAUGUAGUUAGGUUUUGCUGGAGAAGGAAGAGGAGUUUCUGAUGGCGGUUCCACCUCAGGAGGGAUUGUGCAUUGGCACUGGUGUAUCUGUAAUCAGUUGAUGAGUGGGUUUGCAUCUACGUGUACAUAUAUCUAGUAUAUUGGAAAGCUAAUCUACGUGAAGUUUAAUUUGUCGUUCUG